UUGAAUUUUUGAAUUCAACAAGGUCCUGAAAGUAUUUCUGAGGAACUUGCUUCUAUCUUUCAAUUUAUUUACAGUAUUGGUGUUCACAGAUUGAAGAUUAGGCAAAGUGUUGUAGUUUAACCUAAUCUCAGAGCACAGGAUUAGACAGGUGUUUUGUCACAGCUCAACGGCUGUGUGGUGUCCAGGUUGGCGUGUUAUGGCUAGUUACCUGUACUACCUCCUCCCAGCACUGGGGGGUUAUACCCUCACGUCAAUCUAUCUCCUGAAGAACCCACACAUCCUGCACAAGAAGAAAUGUCUGGCGUUCUACUGUACCCACAUCUCUCACAGAGGAGGGUCUGGAGAGAGGAUAGAAAGCACAUUGGAGGCAUUUGCACAUGCAGUAGAGCAAGGCACAGAAAUGCUGGAGCUGGACUGUCACCUGACCCGCGAUGGGCAGGUGAUAGUGUCACAUGACGAGAACCUUUUGCGUCAGACUGGACAUGAUGUCACGAUUUCGUCACUAAAUCUGGAGGAAUUACCUUUAUAUAAAGAAAGGCUGGAGGUCACUUUUAAUGCAGGCCACUACAGCACAGGAAAGGAUAGGCGUUUUGCUCUGCUAGAAGACGUCUUUCAGAAAUUCCCCAAAAUACCCAUUAACAUUGAGAUCAAAGAGGACAAUGGCAUGCUGAUUAAAAAGGUGUCUUCACUUGUGAAGCAGUAUGACAGAGAGGAUAUCACAGUGUGGGCCAGUGUCAAGUCUAACAUCAUGAAGAAAUGUCGCAAAGAGAAUCCCUCCAUGCCCUAUAUGUUCUCGAAGAGCAGAGGUAUGCAGUUACUCCUGCUGUACUACAGUGGCUUGCUUCCCUUUGUGCCACUGGGAGAGAGCUUCCUGCAGUUUUAUCUGCCCCAGAUCAUCAACCGGACAUUUAUUCCCUCAUCUCCUAUUCUGAGGAACAGAUUUGUUAUCUCUAUAAUUGACAAGCUAACUAUGAGGAAAGGUCUGUUCAAACACUUGGCCGACCGAGGAAUUCAGGUACACCUCUUCGUCUGUAACGAGGAGCGAGAUAUUGAGGCAGCGAUCGCAGUGGGGGCCACAGGAGUCAUGACUGACUAUCCCACCCUCCUUUCACACUACCUUUCCACACACUCACCCACUACCCCUGCUUGCAGCCAAUAAGCAGUACUUAUGGGCCAUUCCAUGCCAGGUGUAUGAGCCUGGGAGCCUGUCCAUCUCAGAUUUUGCAAAAAAAAAAAGUGGUAAAAGGUAACCAAAAUUAAAAUACUGACCUUUGCUUGAAAAAUCACCCUGGGCUCAGAGUUAACUCCACCAUCGUGAAUAGCACCUCAUUUGACCUAUAAUGCUUUGUGUUUUCCAGAUAAAGUGUGGAGUGUGGAGUUCCUGUCUUCAGGGUUACUCCCUAAAUUAAAAGAGAUUGCAACAGGUCAACUAAAUAUUUUUAUUCCAAAUUCAGACCUUCUAAACAUUAAAUGUAAGUAUUCCUAAAGAUAUGCUACCC